GUGCCAGUCUUACACAAAGUAUGGAUUAAAACAUUUCAGCUCAUGUUUUAAAGCUGGAAACAAAACCGGAAGGUUUCCUUCUCUGUGGAUUUUUAGAGCUGCUGCAGCAUGUAUCCUGGUGAAUAAGUGUGCUGCUGGUUUAAAUCCGUUCUGCUUUAGUCAUGAACAGACUGCUGAGUAGGAGAGGUUUUGCUGAGUCAGCACUCAGGCUACACUAUCCCCUCUGCUAAUGACAGAUUCGAUUGCUGCGUUGGCUUUCCUGAGUUAUUUAAAAAACUAAACCUAAAUCUUCACCACCAUUUUACUGCACACCUGAUUAUAGUACAACACAAUGGGGUGGCUGGUUUCCUCGCUCUGGGGUCAGAUGUUCAAGGCAUUGUGGGUAAAGUGUGAUUGUGGGGAAAACUAUUAUAGUCCUAAGUUGUCCAGCUGUUAUAUUAUUGUUAACUGAUAAUAAAAACAAAAUAUAUAUAAUGUAAAUACGAAUAAAUAAUAGUUGGAAAUUAGAAUUUCAUUUUUGAUUAUGUUAUUCAAGGGAAUAUGUGUUUAUCGGUAAUCAAUGAGUCACGGCUUCUCUGGGAUUGAUUGGCAGUACCUUAAUUCUCCACUAGGGGGGCGCAUCUGAAAUCGCUUUGUGAUUCUCCCGUUUUUCGGCUGCUCGUCUCCACCGGAAUGUUUCAGGGAUAAAGAUGGAUCCCGAAGGUUCAUUAGGCACUGAAGAUGAUCCUCAUGUCAAGCUGAUGAUGGAAGGCUCGACUCUGAGGAAGGUCAAGUCCCGCUUCUGGAAGAAGCAGCGGCAUUUCCGCCUUCUAGAGGACGGCCUGACAAUCUGGUACAAGUCUGGAUGGGCGGGGAAAGGCCAUUCCAAGUUCUCCGUGUCGGAUUUGGAAGCGGUACGCGAGGGCCACCAGUCCGAGGUUCUGCUGAGCAUCGCUGAGGAGUUUCCUGCUGAGCUUUGCUUCACCCUGGUGUUCCACGGUCGCCAAGGCAACCUGGACCUUGUGGCCGAGACCCCAGAUGAGGCCCAAGCCUGGAUCCAGGGAGUCCGGAAGCUGAUCCACAAAGCCCAGAACAUGGAUGAGCAGGGAAGGCAGGACCAAUGGGUCCGGGACUGGUUUCUGAAGGCUGACAAAAACAAAGACGGGAAGAUGAACUUUAAAGAAGUAAAGAAGCUGCUGAAGAUGAUGAAUGUGGACAUGAAUGAAGACCACGCUCUUUGUCUCUUUACGAUGGCGGAUAAAUCAGAAACUGGCUAUUUGGAAAUCGAGCAGUUUGUUCACUUCUAUAAGAUCCUGACCCAGAGAGACGAAGUCUGGAAGGUGUUCCAGGAUUACUCUGGGGAUGGAGAAAUACUGACGCUGGAGGAGCUGGAGUGCUUCCUGAGGGUGGAGCAGCAGGAAGGACAGCAUAGUUGCCAUCGUGCCGAGGAGCUAAUUCAGCGUUACGAACCUUUGGAAUCAGCUGUGAACCAAAGUGCCAUGACCAUGGAUGGCUUCCAGGCGUACCUGUGCUCCCUGGAUGGCUCCAUCUUUAAACCUGAGCUCCUGGAGCUCCAUCAGGACAUGACUCAGCCCCUCAGCCAUUACUUCAUCUCCUCCUCCCACAACACCUACCUCCUGGAGAACCAGCUGACAGGACUGAGCAGUUUGGAAGGCUACAUCCAGGCCCUGAAAAGAGGCUGUCGCUGUGUAGAGGUGGACAGUUGGGACGGGGAUGACGGAGAGCCUGUUGUGUAUCACGGCCACACGCUUACUAAAAAAAUCCUCUUCAAAGAUGUUAUUUUGACUCUCAGGGAUUACGCCUUCAAGGUGUCAGAGUUCCCCGUCAUCGUGUCUCUCGAGAACCACUGUUGCUUGGAGCAGCAGACUGUCAUGGCCAACCACCUUCGCCAGAUCCUUGGUGACAUGUUGCUAACUGCUCCUCUGGAUGGACAGAUCCCUGAACGUCUCCCUUCACCGCAGCAACUGAGGGGGAAGAUUUUACUCAAAGCCAAGAAAAGUGGCGGUCUGGAAACGCGUCUCGAUGAAACUCUGGCAUAUGAAGCCAGUGAUGAGGAGGAGGUGGCUGAUGGGGACCCGGAGAGCCCGACCUUAAAAGAUCCACAAGCAGAGGAGAACAAGAAGUCCAAACUGUCCCGGGAGCUCUCCGACUUGGUGGUUUACUGUAAAAACGUGCGCUUCCAGGGCUUUGAGCAGGCCCGGUCCAACGCUACGUGUUAUGAGAUAUCUUCAUUCUCUGAAUCCAAAGCAAAGAGGCUUUCUAAGGAAGCAGGGGCAGAGUUUGUGAGGUACAACUCUCAGCAGCUGAGUAGGACCUACCCCAGUGGCAUGAGGACCGACUCCUCCAACUACAAUCCUCAGGACAUGUGGAGCACAGGCUGUCAGAUCGUGGCUCUAAACUUUCAGACAGCUGGUCUGGAAAUGGAUCUGAAUGAUGGGUUCUUCAGGCAGAACGGCUCCUGUGGGCUCAUCCUCAAACCGGACUUUAUGAGAGACGCCAACAGUCGGUUCAGCCCAGAGAAACCAGAGGAGAGACCAGGCUACAAGCCGCUACGCCUGUCCAUACAGGUGAUCAGUGGGCAGCAGCUGCCAAAGGUGAACAUGAAAGAAGGUUCGAUAGUUGACCCGCUGGUCAGAGUGGAGAUCUUUGGAGUACCAAUAGACCAGGUCAAGGCGGAGACCAGUCACAUCAACAACAACGGUUUUAACCCAGUUUGGAACCAAACUCUGAAUUUCAUCAUCCAUGUUCCUGAGCUGGCGCUGGUCCGCUUCGUGGUGGAGGACUUCGACAUGACAACGAAGAACGACUUCAUUGGACAGUUUACUCUUCCCUUCACCUGCAUCCAGCCAGGAUACCGUCACAUCCAUCUGCUGAGUAAAGACGGGACGCCCAUCCCCCCCUCCUCCCUCUUCGUUAACGUCAGUAUUUCAGAGCUGACAUGAAGAGGCCAAACCCAGAGGAAGGUCCUGGAUCUCUAAAAACCUGACGGAGAACCGUACGGAUCAAAGACCUGAUGUUUGAACUUUGUCUUCAUGAGUUAGAAUCGUUUUAUCCUUUAGGUUUUUCUGAUGUCUAGUUUUAUUCCACGCUACUUUUCAGGAGUCUGAUUAAAACAUGGUAUACUGGUGACACCUGAAUGAAUCCAAACCUGAACAACAAACCUGAACUCGAAGCAAUAAAAACACAUUUAGUUUAAUUUGAUCCUAAUUUGACACAGAAAAGUGUAAAAAUCCUGGUCUGAAUGAAAAACAGGAACAUCUGCUGCAUGUUGCCUAAAUGUUUGUUGGAAUAACAGCUGUGGAAGUUUAUCGUUUCCAUUUAUACAAACAAACAAAGCUGCCAGGUGUCGUGUUAUAGACGCUGCGUGAUUAAUCCACUGUUGAGCUGCAGAGUGCCUGUCUGUUUACUAAUGUUAAAGAAACACGAUUAUGGGAUGGAAAUGUGUGCAAAGGCCUGUAUUGUAAUUGGUUUAGUGCAUAGCUCUCUCUUGCUGAUCGCUGACAGAGAAAAGGUCAGAGGUCAUUUCUUGUUUUUCUGUACGAUUACAUUUAACAGGCAAUAAAAAACCGUAGAGAAUC